AUGAGUUCAAAGAAAUCUGCCCAAGUCGCCGUCCUCAAAUCACUUCAACUUUCCAUUUCGAUCAAUUUCGACACCUUCCACACUUCAAGAUGUGCUACGAAUACUUUUGCAGAUAUACAGAAUGCGGAUGCUUCCACUGCAAAGUUUCUCACCCACCAUUGCCAAAGAACCAUUUGCAAGAAGCAUCUCAAGCUCAAACUAGAAAUAGGCGGAGAUGAUUGGCAGUAUGGUGGUGAUUUGGAUACCCUUGGUGGGGUGGAGGAGAGUGUGGGCGAGAGCAGUACUGAAAACGAAGAUACCAUCAUGGAGCAGGAAAGCGAGCAAGAGCAGAGCGAGGAAGAAGACGACGCCGUGCCUGAGGACAUUGAUUACGAAGAAGAAAGCCGAAAGAAGGUCUUUGAAUGGCUCAAGCGAAAUGAGGAGCUUGAAAGGAUUUCUAAGAGAUCAUUCACAAAUCCGUACAUAAAGCAGUGUCCAAUUCCUGCAACAUAA